AUGGCUGAACACGACACGGAUAUUAACGUUCAUAAGGCCGGUGAAACAACAGUUCAUCGCCGCGUGUCUUUACCCUCGCCGAAGCCCUUUGAUGGGAAGACAGAAUCGUGGCCACGUUGGAGACAAUGUUUCAACAGGUUUCGUUCUUGCACAGGUCUGCUGAACAAGUCACAGUCAGAGCAGGUCAGUACUCUACUGUACACUAUGGGGGAGGUAGCCGACGACAUCCUCACGACUUUAUCAGUCGAAGAAAGCACCGCUACAUACACAGAAGUGAUAGAGGCAUUUGACACUCACUUUGAUGCACGCAAGAAUAUCAUUUUCGCUCGUGCAAAAUUCAACAAACGCACUCAGUUACCGGGACAGAGUGUCAAUAUAUUCAUCCAAGACUUGCACAGGUUCGCAAAUGACUGCAGCUAUGGAGCCCUCAAAGAUGAGCUCAUAAGAGACAGAAUAGUUGUCGGAGUAAGGGACGAUGACCUGUCCAAACAGCUCCAAUUGAAGCUCAAGCUCACCCACGACGAGGCUAUACAAAUAAGCCGACAAGCUGAAGCUCGUGAUGAAAGCCAGACACUCGUGCAAUCUCGAGUUGAGCUAGUCACAACAAAACCACACAACAUGUGUAGUGCGUCGGGUGCUUCAAGGCAUCUGCACAAACCAUACACUCCACACACAGGUUCCAAGAGACCUUGUGGAUACUUUGGUCGCCUCCCUAGCCACAAACGAGACGCCUGCCCUGCCAAGUCAGCAUGUGUAAAGCUGGGUCUCAUUGCCAGAAUCAAUGCAGUCCACGAGACAUCUUCUGAUUUCAAAAGAGAGUUCCCUGAUGUCUUCAAAGGACUAGGACAACUGAAAGACCCAUACAUGAUCAAGCUACAAGAAGGCGUUGAUCCUGUGUGCUUGUACCCAGCACAAAACGUAGCACCACACCCUCUACUGCCAAAAGUCAAGACGGAAAUUGACCGAAUAUUGGCUGAAGGCGUGAUCUCGCCCGUAACUGAGCCCACAGAAUGGUGUUCCGGCAUGGUUGUUGUGCCAAAGAGAAACGGCUCAGUUAGAAUAUGCGUGGACCUCACCAGUCUAAACAAGGCAGUGCGACGAGAAGUCCAUCCUCUUGCAUCCAUAGACGAACAGCUUGCCAAGUUUGCAGGGUCUACAGUAUUCACUAAGCUGGAUGCGACAAGAGGAUUCUGGCAAAUCCCUCUCCAUCCAGACUCCAGAAGGUACACUACCUUCAUAACACCAUUUGGGAGAUUCUGCUUUAACCGUCUUCCUUUCGGCAUAUCCUCAGCCUCAGAAAUCUUCCAAAAGAAAAUGUGUAACAUUCUGGACGGCCUUCCAGGUGUCAUUUGUCACAAAGAUGACAUUCUCAUUCAUGCAUCUGAUCAGGACACUCACACUCACAAUAAGUGA